AUGGUCCGCGUUGUGCCGCCGCCCCCCGCCCGCCCCGCUCCCACCCGGCAGCGGCCGCAGAUGGCGCGGCGGGCACCGGGCAGGCGGGCCGGGAGGUCACCGGCGCCUCCGCCGCCGCCGCUGCUGGCGCUGCUGCUGCUGUUGGUGCUGGGCCCCGCCGCCGCCGCCGGCGAGGAGGUGGCGGUGUCCAAGGAAUGCGACAAGCCGUGCGCCAACGGCGGGCGGUGCCAGCCGGGCACCGGGCAGUGCGAGUGCCAGCCUGGCUGGGUGGGCGAUCAGUGCCAGCACUGCGGGGGGCGCUUCAGACUCACUGAACCUUCAGGGUAUGUCACAGAUGGGCCUGGAAAUUACAAAUACAAGACAAAAUGCACCUGGCUCAUUGAAGGAAGGCCAAACACAGUCCUCAGGCUUCGAUUCAAUCACUUUGCUACAGAGUGCAGCUGGGACCAUUUGUAUGUGUAUGAUGGAGACUCAAUUUAUGCUCCCUUACUGGCAGCUUUUAGGUGGACUAUUCUCAAAGACAGCCGAUUUUUCCGCUACUUGCACACAGCUGUGAUAGUUAGUGGGACCAUGCUGGUGUUUGGAGGAAACACUCACAACGACACCUCCAUGAGCCACGGAGCCAAGUGCUUUUCUUCGGAUUUCAUGGCCUAUGAUAUUGCCUGUGAUCGAUGGUCUGUGCUGCCUCGCCCGGCUCUGCACCACGAUGUCAACAGGUUUGGGCACUCUGCUGUGCUGUACAACAGCACCAUGUAUGUGUUUGGAGGCUUCAACAGCCUCCUCCUGAGUGACAUCCUGAAGUUCACACCUGAGAGAUGUGAGGCUUUUGGCAACGAGACAUCCUGCCUGGGGGCUGGCCCUGGUGUCAGAUGUGUGUGGGCUCCCCACCCUCCCCGCUGCAUCCCCUGGGAAAAUGCAACACUGCAGCAGCAACAAAAGGUCUUUGAAGACUGUCCUCCCAAGCCAGUUGUAGACAAUGAAAAAUGUGAUCAGAUUACAGACUGCUACAGCUGCACAGCCAACACAAACAGCUGUCAGUGGUGCUCUGACCAGUGUGUCCCAGCACACAACAACUGCACAGAGGAACAGGUUCCUGUUACUCUCUAUGAAAAUUGUCCUAAGGAUAACCCUGCCUAUUACUGUAACAAAAAGACAAGUUGUAAAAGCUGUGCCAUGGAUCAAAACUGUCAGUGGGAACCUAGGAAUCAGGAGUGCAUUGCUUUGCCAGAAAACAUCUGCGGAACAAACUGGCAUUUGGUUGGCAACUCCUGCCUGAAGAUCACCAACGCCAAGGAGAACUACGAUCAUGCCAAACUGUCCUGUAGGUCCAACGGUGCUUUACUGGCUUCUCUCACCACCCAGAAGAAGGUGGAAUUUGUUCUGAAGGAGCUGCAGAAGAUUCAGUCUUCACCCAAAACUUUGACUCCAUGGGUUGGACUGAGGAAAAUCAAUGUGUCCUAUUGGUGCUGGGAAGAUAUGUCUCCCUUCACCAACACCCUCGUGCAGUGGCUUCCCGAUGAACCCAGUGAUGCUGGUUUUUGUGGCUAUUUAGCUGAGCCUUCCCAACAGGGAUUGAAGGCAGCAACAUGUAUCAACGAGGUCAACGGCACUGUCUGUGAGAGGCCAGCCAACCACAGUGCUAAGCAGUGCCGCACGCCCUGCGCGCUGCGCGCCGCCUGCACCGAGUGCACCAGCGGCAGCUCCGAGUGUAUGUGGUGCAGCAAUAUGCAGCAGUGCGUGGACUCCAACGCCUACGUGGCCUCCUUCCCCUACGGGCAGUGCAUGGAGUGGUACACCAUGAGCAGCUGUCCCCCUGAAAACUGCUCAGGCUACUGCACGUGUGCUCAGUGCCUGGAGCAGCCAGGCUGUGGGUGGUGCACGGAUCCCAGCAACACCGGCAAGGGGAAGUGCAUUGAGGGCUCCUAUCGGGGGCCUGUCAGGAUGCCGACCCCAUCCACGCCAGGGAGACACAGCUUGGAGCCUGUUCUCAAUGUCAGCAUGUGUCCUGUGGAGAGCAGCUACAACUGGUCCUUUAUCCAGUGUCCAGCCUGUCAGUGUAAUGGGCACAGCAGGUGUGUGAACGAGAGCAUUUGUGAGAAGUGUGAGAACCUGACCACGGGCAGGCACUGUGAGACCUGCAUCUCGGGCUACUACGGGGACCCCACCAACGGGGGCACGUGCCAGCCGUGCAAGUGCAAUGGCCACGCGUCCGUCUGCAACACAAACACAGGGAAAUGUUUCUGUACAACCAAGGGAAUCAAAGGAGACGAGUGUCAGCUGUGUGAAGUUGAAAACAGGUAUCAGGGAAAUCCACUUAAAGGAACGUGUUACUAUACUCUCCUCAUUGACUAUCAGUUCACCUUCAGCCUUUCCCAGGAGGACGAUCGCUAUUACACAGCAAUCAACUUUGUAGCAACACCUGAAGAGCAAAACAGAGACCUGGACAUGUUCAUCAAUGCAUCUAAAAACUUUAACCUCAACAUUACUUGGUCCACAAGUUUUGCAGCUGGCACACAGGCUGGGGAGGAAAUUCCAGUUGUUUCCAGAACGAAUAUAAAAGAAUACAAGGACAGUUUCUCCAAUGAGAAAUUUGAUUUCCGCAACAACCCGAACAUCACCUUCUUUGUUUACGUCAGCAAUUUCACCUGGCCCAUAAAAAUACAGAUUGCAUUCUCACAGCACAGCAACUUUAUGGACCUGGUGCAGUUCUUUGUGACAUUUUUCAGUUGUUUCUUGUCAUUGCUCCUGGUGGCAGCUGUGGUUUGGAAGAUUAAACAAAGUUGCUGGGCAUCACGACGGAGAGAGCAACUACUGCGUGAGAUGCAACAGAUGGCAAGUCGCCCCUUCGCCUCCAUCAAUGUUGCCUUAGAAACAGAUGAAGAGCCACCGGAUCUCAUUGGGGGAAGCAUAAAGACUGUACCAAAGCCGAUCGCGCUGGAGCCCUGCUUUGGGAACAAAGCAGCUGUUCUCUCUGUGUUUGUGAGGCUGCCUCGAGGACUUGGGGGUAUUCCACCACCAGGACAGUCAGGUCUUGCAGUGGCCAGUGCACUGGUGGACAUUUCACAACAGAUGCCAAUUGCCUACAAAGAGAAAUCAGGCACCGUCCGAAAUCGGAAGCAGCAGCCCCCUGCACAGCCAGGAACCUGUAUUUGAUGCAUGGACAUCAGAAACUGUCUAGGGUUUUAAACAAAAUGGAAAAGUAAUACCAAGGAGGAGGAAGAUUUCCAAGUUGUGUCCCAAGAGACUAGAAGCACCCGGAAAAAACCACAACUUCCUUGAAUCCAGUUUUUUUCUCUCAUCUACGUGCUAGUUGGCUUUAUUUGACAACUGCUCCACUUAAGUUUUACUGACACAUGGCUUCAGAUUGCUCCUUGUUUUCUUCAAGUUUAAAGCAAAAUGAUUUUCUUGCAGGUGCGGUGAGGUCCGACACCAUCAUUCCCGGUCAGUGUAAAUACAACAGUAGUCCAAUGAAUGACACUCAGGUUUCUACAUGGAAAGUGCUUUUGUAGUUCAUGUAUUUAUCAAACUGUACAAAAAGAAAAACAUCCAGUGUUUACAGGUGUCAGCUCUCAACACAUAAACACUACUAUUAAUCUUCAAAGCAUCUUUAUUCUUUGUUUUCUUUUAAUAUUUAAUUGUUCCCUCAUUAUUUCAGUGGAACUCUCUUCCAGGCUCAGCCUUUUUGUGUCAUCAUGGUCCAGGAAUGCAAAAGCUGGGAUGGUUUAGAGGUUGAUGUUGCUCAGACCACAUGAAAUAACUGGAAAGUUGGAUGUUGCUUUGGAAAGACUCAGUGUUUACAUAGUCUUAACCUGCUUGGAGUACACCACACACAAGUGCCUAGAUGUGAACAGAUCUAGGGAGUGAGGAGACUGCUACACACGCUGCUUUUCCACAUAAUUAAAUUCCUUUAAAGGUAUGUAUGCUCACAUCUAGAGUCACCCAAGGCCCUCUGUGUCCUCUGACUGUGCAAUCAGAGGAAAAUCACAUUUUCCUGACCAACCAAAUACUCACCCAGGUGCAAAUAUCUGGAAGACAGGCAGAGUUUCAGUAUCCCAUAAGAAAACUGCUGGUUUCACCAGCAUUUUCAUAGAAGCAGUCUGUGUUCCAUGUUAGACACAUCACAUUUUCCUGAUUUUGGCCUCUUUCCUCCCCCUUCCCUCCUGCCAUUCUUCUGGAUGAGAGCUGAGCUUGGAGUCAUUGCUCCUCAGUGGUUAUGGUUUGCUCCAUCUUCUUACAGGGUGUAAAAAGCAACACUCCGGGUGCCAGAUCACGUGAGGAUGACGUAAAAAGAGUUUUAAAUAAAAAUCAAACAGAGCAGCUUUGUUUUGCCACAGGUUUGAGUUCUACAUUAUCAUAUCCUGAUAUUUCCUGUUGGUUUUGAGCUCUGUUGGAGGUUGAAGAAGUUGCUGGUUGGUGAAAGGAUGAGUCUUGCAAACAGCAGAGAGAAGGUUUGGUGUUUGGGGGUGCAUGAAACCAUCUGAACUGCUCAGACAAGCUCGGACUGUGCUCUGAGGCUCAAGGCUGGACUGAGCCCACCCAUCUGCGUGUGGUGGUGUUGCGUGUCCCUGGAGCUGGGAAUGUGGCACGGGGCCUGGUGGGGCUGCAGUGGGGGCAGGUGGUGGUGGAGGUGCCAGAGGAGGUGUGUACCUACGGCUCACCACAGCAGUCGUGAUCCAGCAGCUCACUGAGCUGCUGCUUCUGCUGGGGACAUCUGAUAUUUAACAAAUGGAGAAGUAGCACGUGGAAGGGAAGUGCUCUUGGAUCUGGCCAGGCAGCAGCUUUCCAAAUUGAAACCCAAAUAACUGCUCCUUUUUUUGUGCGUAUUCUGGUAAUCGGUCACAUACCAGCCAUGCCUUUUUCCUAACCAUGUACUUAGAAGAAGCUCUUUGGAGCAGGGCAGCAUUGCAGUCAAGAGCUGAAUUGCUGUGUGUGUGUCCAGACAGUGGUGAUGGGAAGAGCCUGAUGGCUUAAGGACUGUGGUGGAUGAUAAUUCUGAUUUAAUGUUCAUUCAUUUAACACAUGUAAUGGGACUGCAAAAAAAUAUUGGGACUGCAUAAAAAUAUUGGGAAAAAUGCAUUAUAUAUAUAAAUAUAUAUAAAUGCAUCUGUUUCUAAAGUAGAAGUUACAGUGUUAUGUGGGAAGAAGGAAUUAGGAUCGGAAAAGGGUUGAGAUUUGUCUUAGAACAAAGGGAUUUAGGCAAUUUAAGUUUUACCUGAUGCACGGAUUACCUCAGACAGAUUCAUCUCCUGAUAAUAUUUUCUAGCUUGCUCAGUGAUAGGGUUAAUCUGAACUGGAGAAAUAAGACUGGACUAAAAUCCCUCCCCUGGUACUGUGUAUUUUCAGCCACGAUGCACAUCCUGAUGUUUGCAGAUUUCUUCUUGCUGUUUUCGUGGGGAGAGUUGCCAGCUCGGAUGGUGAAAGCCCCUGUGCUUGAGUUUCCCUCUUCAGGACAGCUCUUGGCAGGUGCUUAAAGUUAUUGGGUUUUCCUGAUCACAAACAGCUUUCAGAACUGUAGGCCUGGAGGGGUGAUACAUUUUUACAUUAAUAAAAAGACAUAAAUACAGAGUUUGGGAUGUUUUCUUACUCCUGGAGAGCUGGGCUGUCUGGUCUGCAAAGCCUACAGUGUGCCAGGAGUGUGGCCAAAAUGAGGUGUCAGAUUCUGAAAAAAUGAGCAGAAAUGAUCAAAGUCAAGGUUUAUCAGAACCAAGAAAUGUAAAUAGAGCAAUAAGAGUUACUUAUGUUACUAAAAGGAACUGGCUCUUUUAGGAUGUGGCUCUAGCCUGCAUCUGAUCUCCAUCCUGAUGAAGGAGAAGAGAAUUCUCAUACAUAGCUCCACUGCAGUUUCAUCCCAGCUUAGAGGUAAGCAGGGAGAAACAUGGGAAAGGAUAGGGGAAAGAGGAAUUGCUGGCAGCUUAUCAUCAGGCCAGUAUCAAAAGUGAAGGACUUUUGGGUUUGUUUCAUUUGGAGGUGAGGUGGGAGAGAAAGAACAACCUUAUUUCAUGGGAGAAUUUGUAAAGAAAUGACAAAUGACACACAGAUUUUGCACUUGUACAUAAACUCUACAGUAACGUGCAGAACAUGGAGAGAUUUAAAGUGUAUAUAAACCAGAAAAAAUAUUGAAUGUAUUUUUGAUGAUUUAAAAUUAUGUAUGAGUUUUGUCUUAAUAACUCCUUCAUCUGAUCAGUAGCAGAUAACUCCAGAGCUUUAAACACCAGACUAUAUAGUGAUAUCUUGCAAAGCAGGGAGGCAUAACUUGACUUCUGUGUGUUCAAAUGUAUUUCACUUACAUGUAGAAACCAAGUUAAAUAAUGGCUUUUCCAUUUGAAAGGGGGAAAAGCAACAGUUGGAUACAAGUAAUAAAUGUCCUUAAAGUGGUCACCAUGUGGAGGAUUAAAUCAGUCGUUUAAGGCCUUUGUUACUAAAAUUGUGGCAGUGUUUCCACUCAAAAUCACUAUUUUCAGGUGUUUAUAACUAGCUGAAAUUCAGCAUUUGACAUUUCAACCCUCAGAAGAUUUUCAUUCUCUGAGAGGAGCCUUUAAAGAAAUUAGUAAUGAAAUUUCAGAGCUGUUGGGGCCCUUUUGCUUGAGAAAAAAAUGGUGCCAGUGGAUCUCCAAAUAACUAAUUUUUUUUUUUAAUUCACCAUUUUCCAUGGUUUUUAGCUCAGAAUUUUCUCUGGGGUGAUGUAGCAUGACCUUGCCAUGCUCUGGCUCAAUAUUUUGGAUACAAGAAUAUUCAUAAGACACAACUUUUCAGUUGUUAUUACCACUUUUCCUGGGCUUGAAACACAUUGUAGUGAAAUUACCAAAAUAAAGCUAUUUAUGAUGGGGCAAUGCCUGCGACUCGCAUCAAGCCAUGGCAUGUAAUAUCCCAAACUGGGUGGUGUGGUACCAUGGACGUGGCAGCUCUGCUGGCAGAGCGCACUCCUGAGGGGCAGCUUGUGUCCUGAAGGGUGCCAGGAGCAGAAUUCCCUGCAGGAGCCCUGACCAGGCUCCCCAGGCUUGGCUUUGUGGGGUGGCUGCAGAGGGCACUCGGCUUGCCUGGCCCUGCAUGAGCUGAAAGGAGCUUUGAGGCUGAAAUCCGGCUCUGGGCCUCUUCCACGGCCCCUGGGGUUCAGGGCCAUGGGGCUGGGCUGGCCCUUGGCUGCUCUGGGUCUUCCCACUGCUUUUCCUUCUCAUGGGACCCUGAGCUGGGGGCAGCAGCAGCUGCAGCGUGGAGCCUCAGCCCCUUCCCAGGAGAGCGGGGUUGGUUUUCUGCGCUGUGAGAGAGCGAGGGGCAGGCUCUGUGUCCAGAGCAGCCCUGGCCCCUGCGCCAGCCCCGGGAGCUGCGGCCGCUCUGCCCGCCGGGGCUGCUCCCCCUGGGCACACCCAGAGGGAGCAAGGGGAAGGAGCAGGGGCUGCCUUGGCAGGGCCCUGCAGGAGGGGGACGGGCUUGGGGGGCUGUGCUCGAGUGCUGGGGCUGCAGAGGGCAGGGAGGGAUGGCUCGCUGCGCUCCUCAUUUCUGGCUGUGUUCUUCGCAGUGUUACACAGAUUCCUGCUUGCUCUGUUGGUAGCUGCUGAAGCGAGCUGAGUUUCCGUGCCAGGACUACUACAAUAUGUGUAUCUGCUGAUUUUUUCUACAUCAGGGCAGGUUUUGUUCAGUCUGUUUCUUUGUUCACACAGACUAUUUGUGUGCGUCUUCCAGGUACUAGAAUUCUUUACACAUUUCCUCUCCAUUUAGUAUUGAUUCCACAAGC